AUGGUAUAUAGACAGCAAUUCCAUUUCCCGUUUCCUUCUGUCUUGUUGAUUACAAGUUGCUAGCAUUUGCUCAUUUCGAAAGGACGCAGCCAAUGGAAGGCACAAUUUCAUGCACUUUACCUCUCCACCUUCACACCUUUCGUCCAAAUCCCUUCACUAACUACAACAAAGAUAGCCACCACUACUUCAAAACCAGAGCCUCGAGAAAAUCCCCACCAAUCCAUACUCAUAAACCACGACGACCAAGCACCCAUCCCCACCACCGCUACAACAAAAGAUCAUCCCGCUUUCCCACCAGAAAACGGCCUCAGCCAUUUGCCACAGAAGAUGGGUUCCCAGAUUCCUUGCCUCUCCACACCAAAAACCCACAUGCCAUUUACAAGGACAUUCAAAGGUUCGCCUGGAAAAACAAGCUCGAAAAAGCCCUCGCCAUCUUGGACUAUUUGGACCAAGAGGGCAUCCCAGUUAACCCCACCACCUUUUCCUCUCUCAUUGCCUCAUGUGUUCGAACCAGAUCCUUAGCCGAAGGGAAACAGGUCCACACUUAUAUACGGAUAAACGGGCUUGAAAACAAUGAGUUUUUACGUACAAAACUCGUGAACAUGUACAUGGCCUGCGGCUCAGUCGGUAAUGCACAACAGCUGUUUGAUGAAUGUUCUAGUAAGAAUGUUUAUUCGUGGAAUGCAUUACUUAGAGGCACUGUGAUAUUGGGUAAGCGGCGUUAUGGUGACGUGCUUACAACUUAUACACAAAUGCGGGAAUUGGGGGUCGGAUUGAAUGUUUAUACUUUCUCUAGUGUCAUCAAGAGCUUUGCAGGUGCAUCUGCGCUAUGGCAGGGUUUAAAGACUCACGCACUUUUGAUAAAGAAUGGUCUUGUUGGUAGUUCAGUUCUUCAGACGAGUUUGAUUGAUAUGUACUUUAAAUGUGGAAAGAUUAAGCUUGCCUGUCGCGUCUUUCAAGAAAUUUAUGAGAGAGAUGUUGUGGUGUGGGGAGCGAUGAUCGCAGGUUUCACACACAAUCGACUGCAGAGGGAAGCUUUGGAGUAUGUGAGGAGAAUGGUAAAUGAAGGGAUAAAGCCAAAUUCGGUUAUACUGACUACAAUACUUCCUGCUAUUGGAGAAGUUCGAGCGCAUAAACUUGGCCGCGAGGCUCAUGCUUAUGUUGUGAAGACGAAGAGUUACUCAAGGCAGAUAUUCAUUCAGUCUGCCUUGAUUGACGUGUAUUGCAAGUGUGGGGACGUGGGGUCAGGGAGACGGGUCUUUUAUGGCUCAACUGAGAGGAAUACUAUUUGUUGGACCGCUUUAAUGUCAGGUUAUGCCUCAAAUGGGAGGCUUGAGCAGGCUGUGAGAUCAAUAGUUUGGAUGCAGCAGGAAGGGUUUAGGCCUGAUGUUGUGACGAUUGCCACUGUUCUUCCAAUUUGUGCAGAGUUGAGGGCUCUGAAACAAGGGAAGGAGGUUCAUGCUUUUGCUCUGAAGAAUUGGUUCCUACCUAAUGUGUCUAUUGUUUCUUCUUUGAUGGUAAUGUACUCGAAGUGUGGUAUCUUGGAAUAUUCUGCAAAAUUGUUUGAUGGCAUGGAAUGGAGGAACGUGAUCUUGUGGACAGCCAUGAUUGAUACAUACAGAGAACAUGGGUAUCUAAAUGAAGCACUUGGUGUGUUUCGGUCAAUGCAGUUGUCAAAGCACAGGCCAGAUUCAGUUACAAUGGCAAGGAUCUUGAGUGUUUGCGGGGAAGCGAAAACGUUGAAGCUUGGUAAGGAGGCUCAUGGGCAAGUCGUAAAGAAGAAUUUUGAGUCUAUCCAUUUUGUUUCUGCUGCGGUAGUGAAAAUGUAUGGUUGUUGUGGAGAAGUUGAUCGUGCAAAGUUGGCUUUCGAUACAAUCCCUGUUAAGGGUUCGAUGACAUGGACUGCAAUCAUAGAGGCAUAUGCAUAUAAUGAUCGGUUUCAAGAUGCAAUGGAUCUUUUUGAUGAGAUGAGAUCGGGCGGUUCUACUCCAAACGAUUUCACUUUCAGAGUGGUUCUGUCUAUUUGUGAUCAAGCUGGACUCGUUGACGAGGCUUGCCAGAUAUUUAAUUUAAUGCAGCAUAGGUAUAAAAUUAAGGCAUUGGAAGAACAUUAUUCUGUAAUCAUUGGACUUCUUACCCGUUUUGGUCGCAUUGAGGAGGCUCAAAGAUUUCUAGAGAUGAGUUCUUCCUCAUCAUAACAAAGAGAGUGUGAGUUAAUUUACAUAGUACUCUUGUUUUGGUUCAUUACAUUUGUUCUUGAUACUUGCUUAUGAAUGUCAAAAAACUCAAGAGAUGUGCAGAUGUAAACGUAUCUCAUUAUUAUGAGAUCUGAGAUUAGUAUAUUUUGAUGCAUGGCGAAGGAAUGAAAACAAAAAAGAAGAUGGUGAUUGGGCUUUCCCUAAACCAGACAUUUGCAGGC